AAGACGAUAUUGUCGAUGGGUCCGCGAACGGUGACACACUCGCCCCGAUUUCUCGUCACGCUGGAGAACGCGAAGACGGCGAAGAAUCAGAGUCAAUCGAGGGAGGAGGAGGAGGAGGAGGCCACUUCGCGGCUUCAUAUUCGCCAGCUCCGAGAAGCUGACCGAGGCUGCUACAUGUGCCAACUGAAUACGGAGCCUAUGUUGAGCCAGCUGGGAUGCGUGGAUGUCCUAGUACCACCAGAUAUACUGAGCACCGGAACGUCGGAGGGUGAGGUCUCCGUUUUAGAGGGUGAGAACGCCACCCUCUCGUGUAACGCCUCUGGAAGACCGUCACCUCGUGUGCUCUGGCGACGCGAGAAAAGUGGUUUCAUACUUAUGAGGGGUCUUCACGAUCCGCUGAUACCAGUGGACAACCAGUCCGGCGAGAAGCUCGAAUUAACCAGGGUAGACAGGAGGCAAAUGGGGGCCUAUCUUUGCAUAGCCAGAAACGAAGUGCCCCCGGCAGUCAGCAAGAGGGUCUAUCUAAGGGUAAACUUUCCCCCCAGCGCAAAAGUAUCCAAUCAAUUGUUAGGCUCUCCACUGGACACGGACGUGUCGCUCGUCUGUUUGAUAGAGGCUUAUCCGAAGACGAUCAACUUGUGGACUAGGAAGGAGCAAGUUAUCAUGAGCGGCGGUAGAUACGAGAUCGACGAACGGGGACAUCCGGACGAGGAAUGGAAGACAACGAGCGAGCUGAAGAUAAGACGUUUGGAGAAAACAGAUUUGGGAGAAUACACGUGUUCGGCGUCGUCAAGUAUGGGAAAAGCGGAAGCUACCCUUAGGGUGUACGAGAUCGAACGAGCCACGCCGCCCACCCGUGCCACGUCUGCGAGCUGGAAAAAAUUGAGCAAGGGAAAAUCAAAGUUCGCUCAGGUGACCACGAUCAAUCGAGUUUUCCAUCAGAUGAGCACACCGGCGAUGCAGAAGAGCACCUCGAGAAUCAUCUACAGCAAACACAUGACAACGUCGACGACGGUGGAUCCACGGGCGCCUUUCAUCAAAGACAAGAACGUGUUUAAGAAUCGGGAGAACCCGAACCUGAGGAAUUGCGCGGACGUGAAAAUCGGCACGCGACUCUGCGCCUUCUCCCUCCUCUUCUUCCUCAUCCUGCGAUAA